GGGGCGGGCCCGGGCCGGGGCGGAGCUGGCCGGGCUUCCAGGCCGGGGCUCUAGCCGCCCGCGCCGCCCGGGCCGCUCCGGGGACGGGCCGGGGCGGGGCGCGGUCUCAGGAAGCCAGGCGGGGACGCGCGGAGGCGUUGGGGAGCGAGGGAGGGCGCGGCCAACUCCCGGAGGGACGGCAGGCCGAAAGAGCGGCGCCGGGGCCUGGCGCGCAGCCUGAGAUCGCCGGACCGCAGGCCGCCCCACCACGGGCUCUGUCCCGGCCCUAGCCCCGCCAGCAUGGCCGGCCGGACCGUGCGGGCCGAGACCCGGAGCCGGGCCAAAGAUGACAUCAAAAAGGUGAUGGCGACCAUCGAGAAGGUCCGGAGAUGGGAGAAGCGCUGGGUGACUGUGGGUGACACUUCCCUUCGAAUCUUCAAGUGGGUGCCUGUGGUGGAUCCCCAGGAGGAGGAGAGGCGGCGGGCAGGAGGAGGGGCAGAGAGAUCUCGUGGCCGGGAGAGGCGUGGUAGGGGCACCAGUCCCAGAGGGGGUGGCCCCCUCAUCCUGCUGGAUCUCAAUGCAGAUGAGAACAGCAAUCAGAGUUUCCAUUCCGAAGGUUCACUGCAAAAGGGCACGGAGCCCAGCCCUGGGGGGACACCCCAGCCCAGUCGCCCUGGAUCACCAACUGGACCCCCAGAAGUGAUUACAGAAGAUACUCAGCCCCCACAGCUGGGCCAAGAGAGAGAUCCAGGGGGCACACCUGCAGGAGGUACUGAUGAACCCCCAAAGCUGACCAAGGAGGAGCCUGUUCCAGAAUUGCUAGAAGCCGAGGAUUCCGGCGUGAGAAUCACAAGGAGAGCCCUCCAAGAGAAAGGCCUGAAAACAGAGCCCCUCAGGAGACUUCUUCCCAGGAGAGGCCUCCGGACAAAUGCUCGGCCUACGGUCCCAGAACCCAGAGCUCCUGGAGGUGGGAGCAAGGCCCAGAGGGCACCCAGGACGAUACCACAGGGGAAGGGGAGGUGAGCGGGUCCAGCGCACAAGGGGAGGCCCUUAGGUCUUCCUUAGCUGCCCCAAGAUCCAGUCAUCUACCCACACUGCUGAAGGGUGGAGUGGGCACCCGCAGCCAGCGUGGAGGUCGCCUGCCCGUCCUCCACUUGUCCCUGUCCCUAAAUCAUGGAUCCAUCCUGCUUGCUGUGGGUCCAAAACUACAGGGCUGGGGCAGGUCACAGGCAGGGAGCAACUUGAAUAUACAAAAUGGUGGAUGCUGUGCCGACCUGGCCACCUCCUCACGCAGUAGGGCAGCCAUCCACCAAAGGGCCAGGUGUGGCCCCUGGAGGUGACCUUCGACCUUUGGAACUACAGUAUUUACACCGGUGAGGGCCUCCGCCAACAAGAUGUGAGCAAAGCAGCACCUGAAGCACUGGGCAAAAGGUGCUAGGAGAUACCACGGCCGUGAAUGGUAUCAAAAUUCACGCUUGUGUGGUAAUAUGCCCACGUGUAGAAACACCACUCCAGCAAGCGCCUGACAGUCUCCCCCACUUCCACAGGCCUGUGGACUCUGGGCCUGCUGAUUAAUCCUUGGCUCCAGAAGACAUGUGCCAACCAAGGUGCCAACCAAGGUG